AUGGGCCGUAUGCUGCAGUUCAUGGAUACCAUGACUCAGGCUAGUUUAGUUCUAGCAGAUCCAGCUACAUCACAGGCAGGAGGGGGAGCACAUACCCCUACUGCUCAGGCUCUUGGUCACGCAACUAUAUUGUAUCAGACUCCGGGUGCACUACCCACAGUUGGGGCUCAACCAAUUACCGCAGUGGUGCCCGAGCCCAGACCAACUGCGGAUGGUGACUCACAGAGGGGGCACACGGGGAGGGGUCAUCCUAGCAAGCCCCCAUAUUCAGCACCACCACCACCUCCUCGAGGUGCUCCAGUGAGAUCUUAUUUUAGUGUGAUGCCGGAGAGUUCAUACUGCCCACCAGCUAUUCAGGGUUUCUCCGGCGGGUAUUUAGGUCCUCAGGGUUCUUCUGAUUCUUAUUUCAGUGCUAUGCCGGAGAGUUCAUACCGUCCACCGGCUAUGCAGGCUUCUUCCAAUGGGUCUACAGGCCAUCAGGGUUAG